UUGUUAUUUAUCGACGCUCUAGGUUUACACAUGUGAUGCGAGAAUGCCUAAAGGUGGAGGAAAACACAAGAUUAAAGUAAGAAGUAAGUUUAACAGAAGUAAAGCUGUUCAGAAAGCCAUCGAUAAUGAAGGAGAGACAUCCGGCUUUGACAUAGGCCUAGUGCAAAAACUAGGUGGAAACGAGGAUGAUUAUAACCUCAUAAAGGAUGUUGAGGAUGAUCCUUUAAAAGAAGACUUAGAAGUGAAAGAUGAUGGGGAAAACAUUAGCCAGCAAGAGAUUGCUCAAUUCCUCAAAAGUUUGGGUAUAAACAAGUCUCUAGAUAGUCACAGUGAAAAGAAAAAAGAACAGAAACACAAAAGUAGUAAGGAAGCACAUGAGCAAACACCAACUAAAUCAAAGAUAAAACCAGAAGUAUUAAGGAAACUAACAAAGUCACCUGUAUACAAAACAUACCUGUUCAAGCCAGGUGGCAAGUGGCAUGAAAAGAAGUUCAAUGAUGAUCCAGUCAAAUUUCAACAAGUAGAUGAUGAGGCAUUGAAGGCAUUCAAAUCACAUGCUGCAAAAUUGUAUGGAAAUGAAGUUCAGCUUUACAAGGAAAGGAAAGAUGUUGGAAAUAGUUCUAAGCUACAAUGGAUGAACACUGUAAUAUCAGCAGGUGUUCUUGCGGACAAAGUUGCAGUGCUUACACUUCAGAUACAAGAUUGCAUUCUCCACAACCUCUCAAGCCUAGACAUGCUGCUCCAGAUGGUUAAUAAGAAGGGUAGACGAGAGGUACUCAUUGCACUGGACAACCUCAAACAGCUGUGGUUGGAAGAGCUCCUUAUUCACGAUCAAAAACUGAAAUUAUUUUCACAGCACCCCUUUGAUCAACUUCAUGUACUGUGUGGCAAGAACAAGGAGGAAAGGGACAAGAGGCUUCUUAUUUGGUAUUUUGAAGAUGCUUUGAAGAAGCGAUAUUCAGAAUUUGUGAAAACCUUAGAGAUUCUGUCUCAAGACACAGUACAAGCAGUUAAAACAAAGGCACUGAGUACAAUGCAGGAACUACUGGUUGCAAAUCCAGAACAAGAACAGGUUUUAUUGGGGAAACUUGUUAACAAGGUCGGCGACCCAGAGUCUAAGGUGGCAUCCAAAGCAGUGUACCUCUUGCAGAAAUUAGUCUCUAUUCAUCCAAUCAUGAAAUGCAUUGUGGUACAGGAAAUGGAGAGAAUGCUGUACAGACCAAAUAUUAGCUCCAAAGCACAGUAUUUUGGCAUCUGUUUCUUGAAUCAAGUAAUUUUAAGUCAUGAUGAGGAAGAUUUGGCAACUAAACUCAUGGUUAUAUAUUUUUCAUUUUUCAAGGCUUGUACAAAAAAGAAGAAAGUAGACCACAAAAUGAUGAGUGCAGUACUCACAGGUGUGAACAGGGCUUAUCCUUAUGCCAAAAUUGAAGAUGAUAAGUUGGAUGAACAGACUGAUAUGUUGUUUAAAAUGGUUCACACGUCGCCUUUCAGUACUUCGGUCCAGUGUCUCUUGCUACUCCAUCAGGUGAUGUGUUCAAGGCAAUCAACAUCAGAUAGGUAUUACUGUGCGCUUUUCAAGAAACUUUUAGACCCAGAAUUGAAAAAGUCACCACGACUAUCAAUGUUCUUAAACUUGUUGUACCAGUCCCUUAAAGGAGAUGUUAUUGUAAAGAGAAUUAAGGCCUUCAUAAAGAGACUUCUGCAAAUCAGCUGUCAGCAGCAACCUCCAUCGAUAUGUGCCAUUUUGUUUCUAAUCUCAGAGGUCAUACAGUCCAGGCCGCAGUUGACCUGUAUCAUAGACAAAGCCAUGGACUCUGAUGACGAGGAACAUUUUGUAGAUGUUGAUGAGGAGGAUGAAGAAGAAAAUAAGUCAAAAUCAAAAACAGAUCAAGGUGUUUUAUAUGCAUCAAAUGUUGGAGAGGAAAUGUCAUGGCUUCAUAAGGAUACUAAACAAAAACAAACAGGUAGUAAGAUGCAUUAUGAUCCUUUAGCAAGAAAUCCUCUGUUUUCUGGUUCUGAAGACAGUGUUUACUGGGAGCUAAGGAAGCUUUCACACCACUUCCAUCCGUCAGUCGCAUUAUUUGCAACUCACUUACUGGCGGGUGAUCCCAUUAAUUACAUGGGGAAUCCCCUUCAGGAUUUUACACUCAUCAGAUUCUUGGACAGGUUUGUCUACCGUAACCCAAAAUCAAAGGAGACAGAGAGGGUCUCUGUGAUGCAGCCUCGUACAUAUGUAGCCCCGGACAUACGACGGCUUGUGGUUAAUAGUAAGGAAUUCCUUGAUAAGGAUGAGAACAGUAUUCCAAUGGAUGAGCUCUUUUUCUAUAAGUAUUUUGAGCUGAAAAGUAAGAAAGCCAAAAAGAAAGUGAAGGAGGUGGAUGACAUUGACUCAGAUGCAUCAAGUGUCAGUGACAAUGAGUUCGAAAAUUAUCUUGAUGAUCUAGAAAGUGGUGAAAUUGAUGAUGAUGUUGAUUUUGCUAGAGAUUUCCACCAAGAAAAACGGGGUAAAAAGAAGAAGCAAACCGACUCUGAUGGUUCUGACUUUUCAGACGAGGAUUUAGAUGAUCCCGAUAUUGAUGAUUUCAGUGAUGAUGAUAUUGAGCAAGAUUUUGGGCUGGAUGAUUUCAAAAUUGAGAAUGAGGACUUUGAUGAAGAGGCAUUUGAUAUGUCUGAUGAUGAUGAUGAGUUUAACCUUGGUACCAAAAUGCAGAGUAAAAAAGCUGUUAAGAAAAGCCUGGAGAAAGAGAAUUACAAUGAAAAGGAGGGUUCCAGUAAGACCAAGAAACGAAAACCAAAUCCUGCUCCACCAAGUAGCAAAUCAAAGAAACCUAGAGCAGGAAGUGAUGUCACAUCAGUAGCUGAAGAGUUUUCAUUGCUCAUGGAUGAGAAUGUAGGAUCAAGAAGUAACAGCAUUGGAACAAAUGCAUUAUCCAAUAAGGACAAAGCCGGUGUGAAGCAGCUCGACUGGGAGGUGAAACGAGAUAAAUGGAUGCGGGGCAAGGAUGUGAAAACCAUGAUGCGCAAAAAGAGGGAGAAAUCAAACUUCAGAAAAAAAAUGAAGGGAAAGGGCAGCAAAAAAUUCAAAAGGAAAUAGAUAUUACGCAAAAUUUACAGUCGAUAUAGCUAAUCAGUUUAUGAGCAAUUUGAUUUAGAAUUCAGAUCUGUUAAAAAUGAUCUCUGUACUGCUUCCAACUUGAGAGCCAUGGCUUUAUACAUUGUGGCUGGGCUUACUCAGGCAUUAUACAAGAUCAAAUGUAUCUGUGACAUCACUUUUUGAAAUAAAAUAGCUUUUUAAUUGAA